AUGAAGGGAGUGUUGGAUAAAAUUGUUGAGAAGUGUGAAGAGAUAAGUCAAGGCUCAUUCCAACCAAAAAGGCAAAAUGAUGUAUUGACAACAGCUCUUGGCACCAAUGAGUACGGUGGCUAUGUGAGAGGUGUUGGAGUGUACUCCAAUAUUAGGGAUGUGUUUGGAAAAUCGGAGAGCAUAAGUCGUGGAAAUUCAGCUGGGUUUGUUUCAGUUAGUGAUAUGGAGAAGAUCAUAGAGAAGAGAAUAUAUGACAAAGUGGCUGAAAAGAUUAGAAAAGAAACAAUGGAAGAUAUGCAGCCCAAGUUUGAUUUGAUGCAAUCCCAACUGGAAUAUUUGAUGAAGAAUGUACAAGCAAGUCCAAAAGUUGGCACACCAACUCGGAGCAGUUGUCAUUCUAUUGAUCAAGUCAACAAAGUUAAGGAAAAUCCAAAACAAACCCGAAUGAUGAAUUUUGAAAGUGGUGAUCAAUCUGCUGUCCAAUUACGACCACUUCUUGUUGAUGAUAAUACACUGCAGCAAUUGGGAGAUGAAUCUAAGAAAUUGAUUACAUUAACGUGGAUCUAG